AACGGGAAUCUGUUUACAGGGGGGUGCGCCGUUGCUAGGGUGACCGGACAAACGUCCUGCAGCAGCAGGUAUUAAACUGGCCCCGGAGCUCCUGCUGCCCCGGAGACCUUGAGCUGAGACGCGCAGAGACGCACAUUCUCCAGCAGCUGCACCUCUGGAAGUCACACACACUUCAUCGGAUACACUUUUCCUUUCUUGAGUUAUUGGAUGUUAUUUUUCUGUCACUCAAGGCUCCUAUCGGUAAAGACAGGAUUUGGCUGGGAAAGGAGCAUGCUGUCCAUGAGUUACACGGACGACCCCUGGCCCGAGGGUUCGGUGGGGCUGGAGGAGGAGGUGGUCACGGCCGCCGCUCAGGCCGAGUGCUUGGACCGCGGUUCAGUCGAGUGCAACAGCGCAGAAAACCUGGACGACAGCCUGACCAGCCUCCAGUGGCUCCAGGAGUUCUCCAUCCUCAACGCCAGCUCGUCCCAGUCCGCCCACCAGCACAGCCACUUCUUCGGGAGCCGAGUGGGCUCGGAUGCGCCCGCGUCUCCUUUAGCGGGAGACCCGGCGUCCAUGGGCAUGCCUCUGACUCCCGGCAAACCCACGGCGGCGUCUUUCUACAGGGUGCCGUCCUUGUCGGCUCUGCCCAGCCUGGUGGCCCACGGACACUGUCCAGAUGAAGUCGAUUAUAAGACCAACCCUCACAUCAAGCCUCCGUACUCAUACGCAACUCUCAUCUGCAUGGCCAUGCAGGCCAGCAAGAAAACCAAAAUCACCCUCUCGUGCAUCUACAAUUGGAUCACGGACAACUUCUGCUACUUCCGCCACGCUGACCCCACUUGGCAGAAUUCCAUCCGCCACAAUCUGUCGCUGAACAAAUGCUUUAUAAAAGUCCCGAGACAAAAGGAUGAGCCAGGCAAAGGUGGGUUCUGGAAGAUCGACCCCCAGUACGCAGAGCGCCUCCUCAGCGGGGCCUACAAGAAGCGCAGGAUGCCUCCUGUGCAAAUCAACCCGGCCCUCCAGAACCGCCUCAGGAUGAACUCCCACACCGGACAAGCUGUAGCCGCCGCAGGAAUGGCUAGGAGCCUUUGCGUGAGUCCUGAGUCCCAGCAGCUCCUGAAAGAGUUCGAGGAAGCCACGGGAGCAGAUCAGAACUGGGACCCUCGUUUGACCGAAGCCACCAUGCUGAGUUGUUGGGUUUCCGGGAAGGGCGGAAAGAGGAAACAAGCGUACAGCCACAGGAUUGGUGGGAGCAAAGCUACUCGACGCUCAAGCUCCCCGCUUCUGGCCAUGGAUGAGCAGGAGGACUUAAGCUCCCUAAAGGGCAACUUUGACUGGGACGCCCUCCUGGACUCGGCCCUGAAUGGAGAACUGAGCUUGAACGAAGGGGGUCCGUUGAGCCCCAUUCCACGAGACGAGGACUUGAUGGUUAGGGGCACCCAUAUCAGCCCCCUCGAAGCAGCUCCUGGAGGGGUCGUUGAGAGCCACGUGUUGAUGGAAACCCAGAGGAGCAGAGAAGUAGACUUUGAUGAGGAAACUUUCCUGGCCACGGCAUUCCUGCAGAGUCCCUGGUCGGAGGUGGACGAGGGCAACCGUCCGGAUUUCCUCUGUAGCUCAACGGUCAGCAUCGAUCAACUCUUUGACCUGGGAGACUCUCUCGGAGGGGACUUAAGCAGUAAGAUCGAGUCUCUCCUUUGAAGAGUUACAUUCGGUCCUUUGGAGACACAAACGAGUCGGCGAACAAAGAGGGUUUGGACUGUUUAGACCCCAAAGAUUUCAUUCUGGAUUCCGUGAACUCCACGCGAAGAUGUAUUUUUAAAAAGCGUAUCUAUUUCUAAUACUGAUUUUUAUGAUUUUUUGUAUUUGACAUGUUAUCUACCUGCAUUAAAGUUAAUCUAAUCAAGUUCCUUAGCGAGUCCUCAAAAUCAUGCAUCAUGUGGAUUCGGUGACUGAACGCCAACCAUGAACGGACAGCAC